AUGUUCAACGCCCUCAACCGAUUCAUAUCCCGCCUCGACGGCGACGCCCAGCCACGCCGGGGCGAUCAGUCGGGCGGCUUCGGCUUCCAGGUCCUUCGAAACACCAACCUCGAGCUCGGCAUCGAGCCCUGGUUUGACUUUAUCGUCGGCAUCAACGGACGUGUAAUCGACAACCCCGACCCCAUACUCUUCGCGCAAGAAGUGCGCAACUGCGCCGGAGGUAGCGUGGCGCUGGGUCUCUGGUCGGCUAAGGGAGCGCGCACAAAGCUCAUCCAUGUUCCCGUGCCCCUGGAGAACCCGAGUCUGGGGAUAUCGUUGCAGUGGGAGUCGCUCGAUACGGUCUCUAAUAUCUGGCAUGUGUUGGACGUUGCGCCGAAUUCACCAGCUGAUCUUGCGGGUCUUCUUCCGUACAGCGAUUAUAUCCUAGGAACCCCAGAUGGAAUUUUGCAUGGAGAAAGCGGUUUAGGAGAGAUGGUGGAGGACUACAUUGGGCGACCACUGAAGCUAUGGGUAUACAACCACGAGUACAACGUCACAAGAGAGGUUGAGAUCCAACCAAGCCGUGAAUGGGGCGGCGAAGGCGCCCUAGGUUGCGUGCUGGGCUUCGGCCAUUUGCAUCGGUUGCCAGCACCGCUCAGCGAGCCAGUCGAGGGACCCGGCGAGACGAUGUUCGACAUGGACGGAGGAGCGCCGGGGGAGAUCCAAUCCACGACACUCGCACCGCCAGAGGGCACACCACAAGGGCCCCCCCCUACAGAUUUUCUGGUGCCGGCACAGCUUGUGAGCUCGCCUCCACCAUCAACGACAAGCGCGAACGUAUCGGUACGGAGCAAGAAAAAGGAUAGACAUGGACCUAAUCCGAAUCGGUUGAUGGAUGACUAUUUUGCUGAAGAAGAGAAGAAGAGCAGAGAGUUAGAUGGGAACCCCACCAGGGCGAGAGACACACCACCUCCGCCGCCACCAAAGGCCGGAGCUGGGGCGCCUCCGCCGAGA